AUGACGUUUGAAGCGAGGUUUCCAGACAGAUCUGAACACCCCUAUCAAACUUCUCAAGUAUCUCAGUCGUCAUUCGUACACAUUCCAGUCGAGCAGUUGAUUCGCUUUUGCAUAAGUUCUUUAUACCAAAAGACCAUCUCCAAAACUCCGCCCUCAACCUUCCCUCAACAUUCCCUUUCUCGCUUGCUAAGUCCGGCAUCUAUCCAAUGUGAGGAACAUACCGUGACCACUGAGGCAAUUGAUAUGCCGAGUCCGGGAAUGUCGCUCAACAAAUUCCUCCAGCACCUCACUGAGUUGAGCCCCGGUGCACCAUUGAAUUGUAUCGUUAUCGAGUAUAUGAUGUCCAAGAAAGUCAGCAAUGCUCAAAAAUAUAUCAAUUGGUUCCUGCCAGAAGGGCGGGAGCUCGGUCCAAGAAAACACGCAAGCAACCAAGACACCUGUGGCGGCUAUGGUGAUGCUCGAGAUCCUCCAGAGGAUCCGUUCGAUGCUGGUGGUGAACGGCGCGUUCCAGGCCACGCAAUGGAGCCCGCCGUAGAUGAGACCUACGAAUCCAAAUCCGAUGAAGAGUGGGAGAUAGUGGUUGUAGUCUUGAAACCGGGAUUCUUUGGCUGGAAUUUGCGUGAGUCGUGGGUCUCGUAG